AUGGCUACUCACAAGCCUCGCUUGGACCCCAUUCACAUGGGAGAAGCAAAAAUUCAUGUUGAGGUAGAGUUGAGUAAAGCUUUCUCAAAAAGGAUUGCUGCAAGUGAUAAAACAGGUUUUAUUUCAAUGGUGGAUGUAGAGUAUGCGUGGUUACCCACUAAUUGUAGUAGGUGCGGGCUGUUAGGACACAAGGAGAAACGUUGUCUUCAAGACAAAAAUGAGGUAAAUAAGGGCAUUGAGGAAGGGUCUCCUGCUCCUAUUUCUGAUGUUAAUGAAGUUAACAAUGGCAUUGAGGAAGAAGGGUCUCCUGCUCCUAUUUCUGAUGUUAUUGAAGUUAACAAUGGCGUUGAGGAAGAAGGGUCUCCCGCUCCUAUUUCUGAUCAGGUUGAUGCAAUAAAAGCAUCUACUCAAGUUCAAACCACUGAUUCUAGUGUUGAUGAUCUUCAUACCCCAUCAGCUUCAGCUUCAGCCAUCAUCGACAAGACGCCUACCACCUCAUCGCAACCAAUUGAGGUAUCAACGGCUAACACUCCUGCUCCUAUUGAGUCUUCUUUUCCAUCAAGCAUGGAUGAUGAUCUUCUUUCGCUAGCCACAGUUUCUAUACUUGAGAAUAUGUGUAAAUCUCCAACCAUUAUUUGCAUCAACGAUUCUAUGGAGUCUCCCACUUUGGAGUCUGCCCAAAAGACAUCACCAACCGACGAUUCUAUUGCUAAAGAAACCUCUAUGGUCAAAACGAAUGUUACUAGAACAGCUGAACCUGACUUUGGUUCAAACAAGUAUGCUUUAUUGGUCAAUGUGGAGGAAGAAGAAGAUUCAUCAGAUUCGGACAAAGAGCUGGAUCCGGUGGAUCUCACGACACCUUUAGGAAAAAGAAUCCUUCGUGACAGACCUGUUAGACCAUCAGCAAAGGCUAGGGAGAUGCAUGGUCAAUACAUAAGUCGUGGACGGGGGAAUAGAGGACGUGGAAGCCGCGGCAGACACGGUUAA